AUUUAUACCAGCAUGCUCGAUCUCGAUCGCCAUGUCAUUGCUCAUCACAAGCAUCUCCAUCCAUUCAUCCAGUUAAUUAAUUAGCUAAGCUAGCUUUGCCGGAGACUGAAGAGAAUUUGUUGGUUAAUUAGAGUGAGGAUUUCGUUGGGAUCGAUGGAGGGGAGGAUUAGCAGUGCAACGCUGGUGGUGGCAGCGGUGUUGGCGAUGCUGGUGCUGGUGCCGGCGGCGGCGCGCGCCGAGCGGUUCGUUGUCGGCGACGCGGCGCGGUGGACGUGGGGUUACAACUACACCGACUGGGUCAUCAAGAAGGGCCCCUUCUUCCAAAACGACAGCCUUGUGUUCAUGUACGACCCGCCGAACGCGACGACGCACGCGCACAGCGUGUACAUGAUGCGGAACGCGGCGGACUACCAGUCGUGCAACCUCAAGGCGGCGAAGCUGGUGGCCAACGUGAUGCAGGGCGCCGGGUCGGGCUACGAGUUCGUCCUCCGGAAGCGCAAGCCCCACUACUUCGUCUGCGGCGAGCGCGGCGGCAUCCACUGCACCAUGGGCCAGAUGAAGUUCAUCGUCAAGCCCAAGAGCUCCGCCUGCCGCGACGACUGACCCGGCCCCCGCCCACCCCUCUCCGCCGCCGGCCGCCGGCCGCCGCCACCGAGAUGUUGGGUUGGUCGCCGCCGGCCAUGGUGCGGCUGCUAGCCUACGUCGAUCUUCUUCUUCUUCUGCAUGCCACCUUCUGGGAGUUCUGGUUCGAUAUCAGAACAUCAUUGUGCUUUGAUAAUAUUGUAAGUUAUUAAUUGCAAUAUAUACUAUAUGUCUAAUUGUGUUGCGUUGCGUGUGGUGUAUUUGUAUGGGUCAUUCGGUUGAAAUAAACGAUCGAGGGAUUAAUUGUACUGCGCAUGUUCGUGGCGUGUGUUGAUUUUUGUA